AUGGAACAUUUCUCAGCGAAACUCGAAGACUACAACACCAAACUCGAAACCCACCGCGCCUGGCUCAAGAACAUGAUAGCGAUCAACCGAGCAGCCCCCACCCCUACCACCACCAGCCUCGAAGAAGAAGAAGAAGAAGAAAAACAAAAACAAAAAGACCCCUUCACAACUCUCCUCCACAACCACGACACCAAAGCUCUAACUCGAAUUCUCCUCGACAUCCAAACCAAAAUGGAACAAGAAAUUGCGCGUCGAGUGGGUUUGGGAGAGAAAAUUUCUCUCAAAGAUGGCAAGAGGUGUUUAGAUGAAUUUUUCGCUGAUGUUGGGGGGAGAGGGAAGGGGAUGAGUCAGGAGACGUCGGAUUGGUUGGGGAGGUAUUUUCCGAGGUUGGAGGAGACUGUUGAGGGGUUGUGUUUGGGUGAGGGGAAGGGGAAGGGGAAGAAGAAGGGAAAGGAGAAGAGGAAGAUGGUGGGUAUCGAUGGAUGA